CUUUCCAUUGAUAUUACAAAAUACCAAGGCAAUAAGCUUGUAAGGAGGAAAUGUUUAUUUAGGCUCAUGGUUUCAGAGGUUCAGCCCAUGGUUACUUAAGCCUGUCAUUUUGGGCCUGUGGUAGAACAUUACUUCAUGACCAGAAGUGCAUAGCAUAGGAAGCUGCUCACAUCAUGACUGUUGGAACAUGGAGAGAGAGAAAUAAGAAGGGGCCAAGGUCCCAAAUCCCCUACAAGAGCUCACCCUAUUGGCCUAACUUCCUUUCACUAGGCCACAACUCUUAAAGUUUCCACCACCUCCCAAAAGCAUCUUGGGCUGGGAACCAAGCCUUUAACACCUGGGCCUUUGGGGGUCGCUCAAGAUCCCAAGAUAUAGCAGCUACAUUCAUAAUUCUUUCUGUUGGGUGUGUUUUUCUCACUGGAUGAAUAUUCAUUAAAUAAAAGACCUGGCACCUCGAGAACCUUAAAUAGUAUAAACAGGAUUUCAUGAUAGCCUGUCCUCCAUUUUCUCCAUCUAUAUGCUGUGUGAGGGCUGGUCCUGGGAGAGCUGGAGUGGCUUGUUCUUACAGGUAUCAGUGACGUUCGAGGAUGUGGCUGUGCUCUUUACUCGGGAUGAGUGGAAAAAGCUUUAUCCUUCCCAGAGAAGCUCGUACCGGGAGGUGAUACUGGAGAACUAUAGUAACCUGGCCUCACUGGGAGGACUCCCAUUUAUCAAACCAAAGGUGAUCUCCCUGUUGCAGGAGGGAGAAGAUCCCUGGAAGGUAGAGAAAGAAAACCCUGGAGGCACCUCUCUUGCUGAAGCUGCAGGUAUGAAAAAGACAAGGAAGAAAAUGAGAUGGGAGGCUGUCUAA